ACACAUUCCUAUAUGUACUCAAACGUAAUGCUUCGAUCAAAUUGUACGUAGCUCUAAGUGCAUAACUAGCCCUAGUUCUAGCUUGCAAGCUCCUGUUACGUAAUACUCGAAAGUUCCGAAUCUAGGCUUUCCAGCAAAGCUUUAUCGAUAAAUAGCAAAUAGUUGUCCGUGUGAAGUGUCUGAAGUGGCAGGUCGGAGGGUCCAGUGCUAAUAUCGCGUUAUCUAAUGAUGAUUGGUGUGUAACGGUGCGUCGGUGCGUCGUUAUGUAGGCGGCGAAGUGGCAGCACGUGAAUGGACGGGCGCAGGAUCGAUAGAGCGGAGUGCGCAGGCCCGCUCGCCGGCACACAGCUGGCGGCUUCGCACCCGCUCGACUCGCUCAACCUGUGCCUCAGUGUCCGCACUGAGGGGGCUAAGUGUAUCAGCUCUAUCUCGAACAUGUUCCAGUGUUAUCGUCGCCUCUAAACGAUGUAAUGUUCCGUCUGUCAAUACGACAGGCUCUAUGGGCGCUGGCGCUGCUCUGCGCGCUGGCGCCCUCGCAUGCCGAUGGGAACAUAGGUUGCUUAUUCAGCGCAUCAUUAUGCGUGGAGGGGGUGGAAUGGUGCUAUGACGAUUUCGCCUUCGGUAAAUGUAUACCGGUGUAUGAAAAGGAAGUGGAGGAGGGGUCGCUCUUUCAGUAUGACAUGAGCUCAGAGCAGCUGCAGUGGUUCGAAGGCGAGCUGCAGCGGCUGGCCUCCCGCGGCUACCGCUGGGAGCAUGCGUACACGCAGUGUGUGCUGCAAGCCAUGCUGUACACGCUGAGACAAGACCUUGACCCAGCUACUGUGAACACAAAGAUAUGUGACCAUUUCGCUGACCCGAAACUAAGCACCACUUCGGAGGAUAACCCUGAUGAAAAUGCUGAGGAGAUGGAACCUGAUGAGACAGCGUAUGUCCGCUUUACUCCAAACUCAGCACUCGCAGACUCGAACUUCGCGAAUGAGGUUUACAACCCACCCCUAACACCAGAUGAUGACCCGACUGCGUUUAUACCGAAAGAUAAUGAACAACCCGAACCCGAAACUCCGAGUGACAAAUUACGUGAUUUGAUGCUAAUGGGUGGAAACGAGGAAUCCCCCAUUAUUCUACCAUUUUCAGGAUUCAGAGAACGAAUCCUUGCCCAGAAAGAAGCAAAACCCGUGAACGACGUUAGCUCUUUACCCAGAGUUAUGAUCGACAAAGAGAAGAAAUCGGUUCUUGGUGAGAAUGAACCUAAUAUGGCGUACUCUGAUGAAGAACGCUUGGGUGCCCAUUUCCGCAAGUACAAGACCAAAGCUCCACCAUUCACUGCGGAAUAUAUCACAAGCAACAGGUUUUCACCUCUUGACGAAGAAAUUCGAUCCAAUGCUUGGAAGAACUACAAACAUAGUUUUGCUGAGAAACAUUUCCCAUUCGAGUAUGAAAAUCCGGGUGAACUACCUGAACCAAGGGUCUACAUUGAUGAAGAUGGUCUGGAUGAGUUUCCCAUUGAUGCAGGUAGUGGAGAGCUCGAUCCUUACCAUAUGAAAGAUAACUCACCGGUAGUAGAUGCAAAGCAUAACAAACAAAUGGAGGAAUAUUUCAUGAAGUACUGGCGUGAUGUGAUUGACUCUAAACAAAAGCCUCAAGGCGCCCUGUACGCUGAGGGCGGGCCGCUGCGAGCUGACGAGCUGCAAGGUGAAAAUCCAAAAUUUUAUCCCGAGGAUAUUCAAGAUUUGCUUAAUAACGAAUGGGGCUUUAAGCGUAGGGAAAGAGAUGAUGUUAAAAAGCCUGGGCCGCGCCUGGACGCAAAAACAUUAAAGAUUUUAUACCACAAUAAUUCAGUGACAGCUCAUGGCGUUCAACCCGCGGAAAAGGAAGAAAAGUCGGGGGGCCACGAUCAUAAUGAUUAUGAUUAUGACCCAUCAUAUGCUUACGUCGAGUUCAAGAACAGGUUCCUAACUGACUGGGAGAAAGGCAUCUCAUUUAUUUCAAGACUAGAAGAAAUGCUUGGUUUAGAGAAAAACACUUUUACAAACCCCCGAGUUGAUCCAAGUGAGGUUACAUUCAAAGUUGAGAAAAAUAACAAGGGGUAUGAUGCAAUGGAUGUAGCGCAUCAAGUUGAUGAAAUCAAGGAGGAUUUACGACGUCAAACCGGAGCUCAAAUUCUUUCCACUGGCAUCGGUGACAGGAGUAAACGCCCAGUAAGCCACCAUAUUGACGCACCUGAACCAAUCCUUGGCUUGGACUUGCCUGUACUGUCAGCUCUCAUUGGAAGUCUGUUAGUGCUGGUGAUAGGAGCCGUGGUCUUCGCUGUACUGUUGAAGCGAGACAUGAGUGCUAAGAGGAAAUUGAACGGCCUGUCCUCUGCCGCUGAGAUUGAUGCUGAAGCUACUAGAGACUAUCAGGAAUUGUGCCGUGCUCGUAUGUCUGGUAAAUGGACUGGUCAGCAGACGGCCGCCGCUCCCCCGCACCCUGCCGAGCCCCCGCAACGCAUCACCUCGCUUUCCAAGGAACCUGAAGGCAAUUCUCCCUCAACUCGAUCCAGCACAUCGUCGUGGAGCGAGGAACCAGCUCUAACUAACAUGGACAUCUCCACCGGACACAUUGUUCUUGCUUACAUGGAAGAUCAUCUGCGCAACAAAGACCGCCUCGAGCAAGAAUGGCGAGCCCUAUGCGCGUAUGAAGCUGAGCCCUGCACGACCACCGCAGCCCUGAAGCAGGAGAACACUGGCAAGAACCGAUAUGCUGACGUCCUGCCCUAUGAUCACUCCAGGGUCACGCUGAACACGCUGUCUAACCACCUCGGAUCUGAUUAUAUCAAUGCUUCGACUAUCACUGACCACGACCCGCGCAACCCAGCAUACAUCGCGGCGGCCGGCCCGAUGGCGCACACGGCUCCUGACUUCUGGCAGAUGGUAUGGGAGCAAGGCAGCGUCGUCAUGGUAAUGCUGACACGUCUCACCGAGAACGGACAACAGCUGUGCCACCGCUACUGGCCUGAAGAGGGAUCUGAACUUUAUCAUAUCUAUGAGGUGCAUCUGGUGAGCGAGCAUAUCUGGUGCGACGACUACUUGGUGCGCAGCUUCUACCUGAAGAACCAACGCACCGGCGAGACUCGCACUGUCACGCAGUUCCACUUCCUCUCCUGGCCUGAGAACGGCGUCCCAUCAUCGACCAAGGCUCUGCUGGAAUUCAGGAGAAAAGUGAACAAGUCGUACCGAGGAAGAUCGUGCCCCAUCGUUGUCCACUGCAGUGACGGAGCCGGUCGGUCAGGCACGUACUGCCUCAUCGACAUGGUGCUGAACCGCAUGGCGAAGGGCGCCAAGGAGAUCGACAUCGCCGCCACGCUGGAGCACAUCCGCGACCAGCGCACGCGCACCGUCGCCACCAAGCAGCAGUUCGAGUUCGUGCUUAUGGCUGUUGCUGAAGAGGUCCACGCGAUACUAAAAGCUUUGCCAGCGCACCUGCAACAACUGCAAGAGAAAAAAGACAAAGAUAAGGAAAAGGAAAAAGAAAAAGAUGGCAGCGACAAGGAAAAAGAGAAGCCUAACUAAACCGCGCACCCAACAGGAACACGUUACGUUAUAUUAUUGAACCUAUCAUAAGUAUUCUAUCAUUGUGGAAUUGAUGUAUUUCUAUCAACUCCCGAGUUGAGAAUUUCGCUACGUAAAACGAAAUUAGAGGUGACACUAUGAAUUUAUUACUUUUUUUAUCACUUGGCUGUAUAAUAGGUAAACCCCAACUUGACAUCCAGGAUAGCAUUUUCUCUUCACAAUUGGAAAUUCUUAACUUCGGGUUGUCUAGCUUGACGAUACUUGAACCACAGGGAAGUUGGCAAACGUUUACAUAAGGCAAGGAUAAACUGACUGUGUCUACGUGAGGUGUGCCGCUAACUAUGGCAUUUAUUUUUCUAAAGCUUUUAAUAUUUUCUUAAGGUAGCUUCACAAGAGCCUAUAUUUAUUAUAUUUAGAAAUUAAAAAACACAAACUAUUAAGUUUCUUUGUUAAAUAGCAGAUACUUAAGCUUUUUAUUGGAGUGUUGGAGACAUGGUCAAUUGUUAGAGUAUCAAUACUAAAAGAUUUAUUCUAUGUUGUUUACCUUUUAGUUUAUUCAUUACCGUAACUUAAAAAUAAUUGUAACUCUAAUUAAUGAAAUAGCUGAUUUAUAUUAAUAGAAUUUCUAAUAUUAGCUACAAAUUAUGAUUUUAAACUGCGUUUAUUAGUUUUUAGUUCGUGUUAUAAUUUACUGUCGUGCAUAAAAUGCGUAUCCUGUGAAUUGAUCUAGUCAGUUACAAGUUAUUUAAGCCAGUUUAUAGUCCGUUUCUAUGUAAUAAAUGUUUAUUUAAUUGCUUAUUUUAACAAUGGUCACAUCUGUAGCGUUAAUUUUAAAAGUUUUAUUCGAGUAGUUAAUUUAAAAUAUUGUUAACAAGAUACGAGUAGUGCUACUGACCAUCGUUAAAAUAAAUUGAUCGUAAUUAAUUGCUUUCUGUUAGGUCAUCGUGUCUAAAGGUUUUUAAGUCAUAUUGUAAUAAGUACAUUGUUAUAUGUAUAGAUCUACAUUUUGCAACGUAUAUACUACCUAGAACUUAUAACAACAAAGAUAAGAGAUCUAUGUCUUUCCCAAUCAUAUCCUGAAUCAACGGAAUACCUGAGAAAUAUAAUCAGAUUUAAAAAAUCAAAAUUAAAUAUUUACAGAAUGUAGCAAAACCAUAGAUACCUACAUACUAAUACGUGUUAUGUACGAGAUUUAUAUAAGAUAUAUUUAUUGCAUAUUAUGUGGAAAAUGUAAAAAAAAAUUAAAACCUACCCACGAAAUUAUGGAUGUAGUAUUUAGAUAUAAGAGAAAAUAUAUUUAACCGUAUUUCUGUAUGAAAUUAUAUGUAGUUUUUAUGUGAA